AUGGACAGACUUUGCUCCUUUGAGAAGAAUGAACUAUCUCAAAUCGUCUGUGAGCACCGUCCCACAGCCAGCCUGGCAACCCCUCAAUCGCCGGCUUCUCGUCGUCCUCGCGACGAUUCGGGAAUAACUGAUAAGCCUCUAAACGCCAAGUCGCCAAGCGCAUGCUUUUGCGCUUGUUUCCGGUGUACGCCCACAAAUGGGCCACCUGAUGACAAAUGGCUACCGGCACCAGUUACCGGACAGACGUUUUUGCUCAGCAUUCAGCGUCGCUCGCACAUGGCGCACCAAGAAAACCCUCCCCAGACCUGGUUGAUUAGGCCACCAAGGCACAAUGACGGCUCUCGAUCUGUCCUUGAUUGUUGCCCAGAUCAACCUCAGCGGAAGCAUCACCAGCGCUAUUCACUAGAGAGCGCCGACGAUUCCGGUGAUCUUCUUGACAAUAUGCCUUCGUCGGAGUCCAUAAACUACUCAGAAAUCCGUUAA